CUAAGGUAGCUUGUCGUAUUCGCCGCCGCUCAUCGCGUGGGCGAACAGGUGAGGGGGCUGAGGGCGAUGGCGGGAACGAGGCCUAUUGCGUGCACCGGGAUACGGAAUUAAACUGACUAAUUGCGCCACGUGGCAAUGAUGAUCAGGGCGGGGUCCGUUGCGGCGAGCGGGGUAGUCCGUGCUGCGUCGGCUCGCUGUGCUUUGGGUCACCGUCGCGAUCCAGACGUCGCAGAAUGCAUCCUGAGAACACGUGCAGGUCAGCCCAUCGAGGCAAGAUGUGAGGGGGUGCAAUCUGAGGCAAGAUGUGGGGGGGUUCAAUCUGAGGCAAGAUGUGAGGGGGUUCAAUCUGUUCGUUGUCGGGGGCGGAAUCUUGCCGUCCAGGGGGGGGAUGUCUCUCGAGUCGGCGAUCCUCGUGUUUCCAAUCGAGAACUUUCGCGCCAUGGUUUCCCGCCACCGUGCCGCCCUUCUCUGUCUCUCUCCAAGGCUCGUUGUCUUGAUGGCCAUGGCUUCCCGCGCGAUAGCCAGCCCCCUGAUCUGGCCUUGGUGGUUAUGGAGAUCUGGGCGGCGAAGAAGGAAGACAGGUAUGGAGGGGGUGGAGGUGGACAGAGGGGUGAGGUUGGCGGGAAAUGGUGGAUGAGCUGUCGAGGACGACCGCGCGGAAGAGCGACGCGUCGGUUGUUUCUCUCCUCUUCUGUCUGUAGAGGUGGCGGCGAUGGCCUUAGCUCGCGACCGGUCGCCGCAUCGGUCGUAAGGAGGGCGAUUGCCAGCGGAUCGGCCGCAGCGCAGGCUGGCGGGAAGGUGAAUUUGGCGGGAAAGCAUGUCAGCGCAGCGGAAAAGGAGGUUAACUUGGCGCGAAGGGCGGUCAUUGGUCAGCACGAGGGGUGGAAGUCGGGCGCAGCAGCUGACACGUGGCGCAGGGACUUACCAAUACGGAGGGAAUGGUCGUGCGCAUCCUCUGUCUUCACGGCCGCGCUGCCGUCGGGGGUGGCGGCGGCGGCGGCAGCGGCGGAUUACAUGGGAGAAUUGCAAUGCACCGGCGGCGGAGGCGGAGCAAGUGGUUCACCGCGGACGGUGUUUGGCAGCGGACAGAAGCGCAGGGCAGGGGAGCGGCUGCACGGCGGGCGAUGCCGCUUGCGCAUCCUGCGCGCCAAGCUGUGCCCCGACUGCGGCGGACUUGUCGGAGACAGCGGCGGCUGGACAACGAUACGUCCUGGACGUGCGAUUGAGCCGACGCGGCGGCGCGGCAGCGGAACCAAGCGCCCCGGUAGCAGCAGCAGCAGCGGCGAUCCCGCCCGGCGUCGGGAUCCGGACGAUGGCGGGCUGCUCUGUCUGGACAUCGCAGCACGCGCGAAGACGCCAAGCCAUCGACGUCCAGAGACGGCCAUUGCGAUGAAGCGGCGGCGUCGGCGGCGGCGGGGAGAAGGUGCUGCUCUCCUAGCGUCGGUUGGGGGAGCGGGAGAAGAAGCGGGAAGAAGAGAGGAGGAGGAGGAGGAGGAAGAAGAAGAAGAAGAAGAAGAAGAAGAAGAAGAAGAAGAAGAAGAAGAAGACGAGAGAAACGAUCCUAGACGAGAGGAACAAGCACUGAUUGGUUACCAGUGGGAGGGUAGGAGGGUGGGUAAUCACCGGUCCGUAGAUCAAGGUGGGGAAGAUGUGGAUGAUGAGAAGCUGUAUAACUAUAGAUUGGUGAUUGCUUAUGAUGGGACUAAUUACGGCGGAUGGCAAAGGAUAGGUGACUACGUGUCAGUUCAGCAGACAGUAGAGGAGGCGAUCUCGGCCGCGAUCCGGACGACACCCAAUCAGCUCCCAAUACGUGUGGCGGGAUCCAGUCGCACAGAUAGAGGCGUUCACGCCAAAGGCCAGGUCGCACAUGUGCGGCUCCCCGUUGCGUUGACUAAUCUGCAUCGCUUCCACUUGUCGGUCAACGGAAUUCUUGCUGAUGACAUCCGUCUUCUUGAAGUAGGGGCGGCGCCGUGGGGAUUCGAUGCCCGGCGCUGUGCUCUUUCCAAGGUCUACCAUUACCACGUGGUCAAUCGACCCAUCAUGGACCCCCUCCGCUCUCGCUAUGCUCUCUACGAGUACCACCUACUUGAUCUCCAGGCGAUGAGAGAAGCAGCCAUGGAUCUCGUGGGAGUGCACGACUUCUCAGCAUUUGGAAAUAGGGGGCGGGGGAAAGAUAAUUUUCGCCCUUGUCCUGUUCGGUGGUUGAUGAGAUUUGACAUUGUAGAACAGGAGGAUGGUGUGCGAUUUGAAGUCGAGGGCACUGGGUUUAUGUAUAAACAGGUUCGAAAUAUGGUUGGCUUUUUACUGGAAGUGGGGAAAGGCUCGGUGGCUGUGUCUUUUGGGAGAGAGUUGCUGACGACGCUUCGACGCCGUGACAAGGCACCGAGGUCGGCAGCGGCGCAUGGAUUAUGUCUCAUGGAGAUCAAAUACCCAGCGCGGAUGUUGCUUCCCCCUCCCGGGGCACCGGAGACGAGCUAUGGCAGGCUAAAAGACGGCGCAAAGACGAGAAGACAAAGAAAACGUGAGGCGGCGAUGGUCCAGAGAUAGCACAUAACACUCCCUUUUGCUUUUCCCGCCAUCUGUUCCGCUGACUUUCGUUCGACCCAAACGACCAGCAGUACGUCCCGGUCCAGAGGCCCCCCACUGCGUGCCAAGCUUUGCCCAACUGCCAGCAGCGCACCUUUUUUUUUUUUUUUGGCUGGCACUGCCAGCCAUUGUGGUGGGGUAGGCGCCCGAGUUGCGGAAUUCUCGGAGUAGGCGGCAAAAUAUUUCCUGCAAGACUGGGGCCGUGUACUGGCGGCUUAAGCCCUCCACUCC